GUGGCUAAGGCGCACUGUCUUGACACCGGUGCUGCAGAGCUGUGCCCCGCCCUCCAUGCAGUUCCCGAUGGGCCCCGCCUGCAUCUUCUUGAGGAAAGGCAUCGCUGAGAAACAGCGGGAAAGACCACUGGGACAAGAUGAGAUCGAAGAGCUCCGGGAAGCAUUUCUUGAGUUUGACAAGGACCGAGAUGGGUUCAUCUCUUGUAAGGACUUGGGGAAUCUCAUGAGGACGAUGGGUUACAUGCCCACGGAGAUGGAACUGACUGAACUGGGCCAGCAAAUCCACAUGAACUUGGGUGGCCGAGUGGACUUUGACGACUUUGUGGAGCUCAUGACCCCGAAAUUGCUUGCGGAAACAGCGGGGAUGAUCGGUGUCCAGGAGAUGCGAGACGCCUUCAAGGAGUUCGACACGAACGGGGACGGGGAGAUCACCCUGGCGGAGCUGCAGCAGGCCAUGCAAAGGCUCCUGGGAGAGCAGCUCACCCCGCGGGAGAUCUCCGAGGUUGUCCGGGAGGCUGACGUUAAUGGAGAUGGCACCGUUGACUUUGAAGUUCACGGGAACAACACGCCCCUUGAGGAAGGUGGACGGACUAGCAGCUGGGACUCCAGGGUCAGGUUCUUGGGCUUCCAAUUCAGGAUCAUCUCCCACUCAGCAAGAAUAUCAACCCACGACCUCUUCAUAGCUUAUCAUAGCUUAUUGCCUGUCUCCCUCUGA